AUGGAUCACCUUUGGAUACUUUUUGAUGGUAACCCACAGCUGCUUUACCAGUUUUUUAACAUACCGUUUGCUUUACUGUUCUACUGUUUAGCUAGACAAGGACAUCUCUCAAUUGUAAACAGGUUUAUCUGUUUGACACUGGGAGGCGUCAUCUUGGCCAUUGUAACAAUGGGUCCAUUCAGCUUAUUGCUGUUCUUCAGUGCUGUACUUUUCCUGCUGCUGAUCCACUGUCUAGAACCAACACAUAUUCAUCAGUGGACUUUAGGGCUGCAGAUGUGUUGGCAAACUUUCUGGCAUUUGUACAUCCAGUACCAGCAAUAUUGGCUACAAGAGACACCAAACUCCAGGCUUUUACUGGCCAUGUCUGCUCUCAUGUUGAUGACCCAGAGGGUUUCCUCUCUAUCACUGGAUCUGCAGGAGGGAACAGUCACCAGUCACUUUCAAAUAACCCAUCAGUGUCAAGCCUACGCCAUUAUUCCAUUAAGUUACUUGCUCUAUUUUCCUGCUCUCCUUGGAGGACCACUUUGCAAUUUCAACACUUUUGUUGAGUCUGUUAGGCAACUGAGCAUGGCUCCACCCUUGGCUUCUUCUUUGGGUAAUCUUUCUCUAAAGAUUUUGCAAGUUUUAGUUUUGGUGUGGCUCAAAUAUCCUCUUCACGAGCUCUUACAAUCAACUACAUUCAAUAUAAACAGUCCUUGUGUUUUUCGAGAUAUAUUAUGGAUCUGGAUGCUGUCAUUGCUACUUAAGAUAAAUUAUUAUGCACACUGGAAGGUAAGUGAAUGUGUUAACAAUGCUGUAGGCUUGGGUCUCCAUGGUUACAGUCACAUUGGAAAUACAUCAUGGGAAGGGCUUUCUGAUGGCAAUCCAUGGGUGACCGAAAUGUCGAGUCGUCCUUCAAUGUUUGCACGCCAGUGGAACAGAACCACAGCUGCAUGGCUUCGAAGAAUGGUCUUCCAAAGGUACAACAGAUCUCCACUGUUCUUGACCUUUGGGUUUUCAGCUUGGUGGCAUGGCCUUCAUCCAGGUCAAAUUGUGGGAUUUCUCAUCUGGGCUGUCACCAUACAGGGGGAUUACAAGCUGCAUCGCUUCUUGCAGCCAAGGCUUACCUCCCCAUGGAGGAAAUUGCUGUACACCUGCCUAAACUGGGUCUUUACUCAACUGACUAUUUCAUGUGUUGUUGUUUGUGUAGAGCUUCAGAGUUUAUUGCCAGUGAAGCUUCUGUCUUCUUCAUAUAUUGCUGUGUUUCCACUACUAAGUUUUCUGUUCAUUAUGAUACUGUGAGUAAUUAAAAGUAUCAAGGGUCGUAAAUAAUACAAAUGUCAAAAACAAUACAAACAGCAACACCAACACUUUUUAUCAUUUUCUUUCUUUUUUUGUAAAGGAUGGGGGGAUUUUACGUUAAGUUGAUGCUACGUCAUCUAAAACAUUAUUUUGCAUUUUAUAAUUAUUAUGCAUGUAAAUUUAUGACCAUAUUAAUAGAGAGAUUACAUGGAGGAUUUGAACUUUAAAACAAUCAUUUGUCACACACCACAUUUGCAUUUAAAAUAAACCUGUGAAGGCAAAAAGGUGAAAAAAAAAAUACUUUCACUUAUUAAUUCAUAUCAAUUAUAACCUAAAAUCUUUGUUUAUUAAAAGUUCAUGGACAUGUCAUGCGUCAACUACCCAUGGCCUUUUCAUAGAUUAAAUAUAAUAAAUCAUAUUAAAAUGAGCUAAGAUGACUAUCAGAGGAAAGCAAAUAAUUUUGCAAAAGAUCAGCAUCCAGAUUUGACAUUAUGGAUAAAUUAUUUUGUACAAUAUGAAGAUUUUCCAAUUACCAUGUAUUCAUCACAACACAUCAAAUGCUUUGCAUGCACUAGUGAGAGACACAGCCAUAUUUUCUUAUAAAUUAUUUUAUAUAUAUAUAUAUAUACACACACACUACCGUUCAAAUGUGUAGGGUCACUUACUCAUUCUUUAUUUUUAUUUUUUUUCACAUUUUUGAAUAAUAGUAUAGUCAUCAAAACUAUGGAAUAAUAUAAAUGGAACUAUGAGAAUUAUGUUGUGACUAAAAAAUCCAAAACAAAUCAAAACUUUGUUAUAUUUUAGCAUCUUCAAAGUGGCCACACUGCCUAGAAUUUGCAGAAAUGUACUCUUGGCAUUUUCUCAAC